CUCGUGUUGGAGCCGCAGAGACACACACGGGGAAGGUGACAGGAGAGCGGACAGAGGACUGACAGACGACUGACAGACGGCGGAGAGGAUGGAGGGCCCCGCGGUGAGCUCGGUACACUGGUUCCGGAAGGGGCUGAGACUACACGAUAACCCGUCUCUGUUGGCCGCUCUGAGGGGGGCGCGCUGUGUGCGCUGUGUCUACAUCCUGGACCCCUGGUUUGCCGCCUCCUCCUCGUCCUCCGGAGGGGUGAACCGAUGGAGGUUCCUCCUCCAGUCUCUGGAAGAUUUGGAUUGCAGUUUAAGGAAGUUGGGCUCUCGGUUGUUUGUAGUGCGUGGACAGCCAGCAGACGUCUUCCCUCGGCUUUUCAAGGAAUGGGGUGUCACCCGGCUAACGUUUCAGUACGAUUCUGAACCGUUUGGGAAAGAGCGCGAUGCAGCCAUCAUGAAACUGGCCAAGGAAUCCGGCGUAGAAGUCAUUGUGGAGAGCUCUCAUACCCUGUAUGACUUGGACAAAAUCAUUGAGCUGAAUGGUAACAGCCCCCCACUCACCUACAAGAGAUUUCAGACUAUCAUCAGCCGAAUGGAGCUUCCUCGCCGACCUGUACCCAGCAUCACACGACAGCAGAUGGAAAAGUGCAGAGCAGAGAUUAAAAGCACACAUGAUGACACCUAUGGUGUACCGUCUCUGGAGGAACUCGGUUUCCCAAGUGACAAUCCAGGAGCAGCAGUGUGGCCCGGAGGUGAAACGGAAGCCUUGGCCCGCCUUGACAGACACUUGGAGCGAAAGGCUUGGGUGGCCCAUUAUGAAAGACCCAGGAUGAAUGCCAACUCUUUACUGGCAAGCCCUACGGGUCUCAGCCCUUACCUGCGCUUCGGCUGUCUUUCCUGCCGACUCUUCUACUAUCGGUUACGGGAACUUUAUCAGAAGGUGAAGAAAAAUAGCCCCCCACCUCUCUCCCUCUUCGGCCAGCUCUUAUGGAGAGAGUUUUUCUAUACGGCAGCUACCAACAACCCCAAGUUUGACCAAAUGGAAGGGAAUCCAAUCUGUGUACAGAUCCCAUGGGACAAGAACCCUGAGGCGCUGGCAAAGUGGACAGAAGGAAAGACUGGCUUCCCCUGGAUUGAUGCCAUCAUGACGCAGUUAAGGCAGGAGGGCUGGAUACACCACCUGGCGAGGCAUGCUGUUGCCUGUUUCUUGACCCGCGGUGACCUGUGGAAUAGCUGGGAGUGCGGGGUUAAGGUGUUUGAUGAACUGCUGCUGGACGCGGAUUUCAGCGUAAACGCAGGAAGUUGGAUGUGGCUGUCAUGCAGCGCAUUCUUCCAGCAGUUUUUCCACUGUUACUGUCCUGUGGGCUUCGGAAGACGGACGGAUCCCAGCGGGGACUAUGUCAGACGGUACCUGCCAGUGCUCAAAGGCUAUCCUUCCCGUUACAUAUAUGAGCCAUGGAACGCCCCGGAAUCUGUUCAGAAGGAAGCCAAGUGCAUUGUGGGUGUCGAUUAUCCCAAACCCAUUGUCAACCAUGCCGAAGCCAGCAGAUUGAACAUAGAACGCAUGAAACAGACCUAUCAGCAGCUGUCUCGCUAUCGAGGGCUCUGUAUUUUAGCCUCUGUGCCAUCUUAUGUGGAAGAUCUCAGUGGUCCUAUGGCAGAUCCAGCUUCCUCUCAACAAGGGUCCUCUGAUCCAGCUCCCAGAUUGUCCCCGAGUGUUGUAGACUCUCCCAAACGCAAGCAUGAAGACCUGGAAGGGGAGCUGUGUAAGAAGGCCAGGCUGCAAUGUGUUCAGGAGAUGGAGCGAGCCGCUAAAGACUUCUUAUAGUCUGAAUCUCAUAUCGUCACACAGGCGAUGCAUGCAUAUUGCUGAAGAUCUGAUUGUCAUGUCCUCUGCCCUGACCCCGAGUGACACGACUGCCUGACUGGGACCGCAGCAAUACCAGCUACAUGAUGGGACCCUUGUAUACGCAAAGGGAACUGCUAUGGACUUUGUCGAUCGGUGUAUAAUGAUGUAUAGAAUAUUUUAGCAAUGUUCCACCUCUCACCCAGCCACGUCUGACUGCUAGACACCGAUCAGAACACCAUGAAGGAAACUUCUCUGUAAAGUUGUUAAAAGUCUAAAGCAUUACUUUGAAUACCUGCUCUUUAAAGAGAACCAGUCAGGUCCUAACAAACCUAGGUGCGUUGCAAAGCUCAGUGUGUCUUCCUGCCAACCUUGUGCCCAGAGAAGGGAGCUAUAUAACUUCUCAAAUAGAGAAUCUCCAAUAAGGAUGUGUGGGAGAAUUGGCCUCAUCCAGCUUCUGGGCCUUGCUGGGGAGAUCACCGUCCCAAAAUCAGCCCGGGUUGUAUACAUGCAUCCAGGACGCAAGGGUUUGUGUACGUGAGCAUCAUUUUCCUGCCCUUGAUGUUUCUUUUGAAGUGCACAUCAAAGAUUCCAGGUUAUCUCAUUGGUGUACGGUACAUGGGAUGAUUUGAAUUGUGUUUGGGUACAGCGGGUCCUAUUAUGUUGCUUUUGCAUUGCAAGUUGAACGCAGCUUUUGACUGCUGUUUGCACCUAGAGCUGCACGAUUCUGGGCAAAAUGAGAAUCGCGAUUCUUUUGCUUAGACUAAAGAUCAUGAUUCUCAAA